ACUUCGAUAGGUUACGUUAGUACGAAUUCUUAUGAACCAGGUACUUCUUAUUAAAAAUCGGUCGAAAAUGCAAUGGUGACAACGGUACGGUGGUUUUUUGAUCGCUCUUAGUGUUUUUUACUGAUAUAUUUUUGGAUAAUUUUCAGUGGAUUUUACAAUAAUUUUAAGGUACCAUGGACUAGAACUUCGUGUAUCAGUGUUCUUGUGAUACAUAAUGACAAACGUGUAUAAAUAGUGAAUAUAGUAACUUAAUAAAGACAAUAUGGAGUGGAACGCGGGUGAUUUAAUAUGGUUUGAUCCAGGAUUGGGUCAUUCCAUCCCUGGAGAAGUUCUCGAGUGCCAUAGGAGUGCAAACGUCAUUACUGUGCAGGCUGUUAUCAAUGGCAAGACUCAAACUUUCGCUCUUCAAGAUGAUGAGGGUCAAGUCAGACGAAGACAAGAUCUUGGGAAUGAUGGGGUAGAGGACAUGAUUCAGUUGACUGACCUUCAUGAGGCUGCUCUAUUAUGGAAUCUAAAGUUGAGGUACGAUCGAAAUCUUAUCUACACCUAUGCCGGAAGCAUUUUAGUUGCGGUAAAUCCAUAUCGUAUGUUCGAUGGAUGCUAUGGAAUAGAAUCGGCACAAAAAUAUAGAGGAAGAAUGAUUGGGGAACUACCUCCUCAUCUGUUCGCUUUAGCUUCUUCGGCAUAUAGCGCAUUGCCUUCACCGCAGGUAGUAGUAAUAAGCGGUGAAAGUGGCUCUGGAAAAACUGAAUCGACAAAACUAGUGAUGCAGUAUUUAGCGGCAGUGGCGCCAUCUGCGCCGCGUGGUCAAGCGCUCGUAACCGAACAGAUACUCGAAGCCACGCCCCUUUUGGAAGCAUUUGGAAAUGCUCGAACUGUAAGGAACGACAACAGCUCCAGAUUCGGAAAGUAUUUGGAGGUUUAUUUUAAAAAUGGCGCUAUUAUCGGUGCCAAAGUAACGCAGUACCUUCUGGAAAAAUCCAGGAUUGUAACGCAAGCUCCAGGUGAAAGAAACUAUCAUGUUUUUUACGAACUUCUUGGGGGGUUAAGUAAAACCGAAAGGGAGAAAUAUGGAAUGGUGGAGGCUGAGAAGUACUUUUAUCUUAAUCAAGGUGGCAGCGACUGUUCUCCUGGACAUUCUGGUUCAGGUGCGGAUUGGAAAGCGCUUACGAGAGCGAUGCAAGUGUUGGGAGUUAGCGAGAGCGAACAGGAAGGGAUAGUAAAGAUUUUGGCAUCCGUGUUGCAUCUUGGAAAUGUCUAUUUCCAUCGAAGGCAACUAAGACAUGGACAAGAGGGCGUUGAGGUAGGCUCCGAUGUUGAAAUCAAGUGGGCCGCACAUCUUUUGCAGAUCUCUGCCAAUGGGCUACAGAGGGCCCUGACGUCGCGUAUAACGGAAGCGCGGGCGGAACGCGUUUUUUCGCCGCUCAGCAUCGAUCAGGCGUUAGACGCGCGGGACGCGUUCGCGAAAGCGCUUUAUUCUGCGCUUUUUAAUUGGUUAGUAACAAGGGUGAACUCCAUAAUCCAACGGGGAGGACUCCACAACGCAGCCCGAGUUUCGCUCCUAGACAUCUUCGGUUUUGAGAACCUCAAUGAAAACUCAUUUGAGCAACUCUGCAUCAAUUUCGCCUCUGAGUCUCUGCAACUUUACUUUAAUAAGCACGUUUUUAAAUUGGAGCAGCAGGAGUACGCAAAGGAAAGACUCGAAUGGACCAAUUUGACUUGGAACGAUAAUACUCCAGUUAUACAACUAUUAGGCAAGAAACCAGUAGGUAUAUUCCACUUACUGGAUGACGAAAGUAACUUUCCUAGAGCCUCUGAUGCGUCAUUUCUGGAAAAAUGUCACUACAAUCACGCCUUGAAUGAGAACUAUUGUCGGCCCAGGGUUGGAGGCAAAGAAUUUGGGAUUCGUCACUAUGCUGGUCAAGUCUGGUACUCCGUAGAUGGAUUCUUGGACAAGAACAGAGAUAUCCUGCGACCAGAAGUAAUAGAACUUCUGACAUCCAGUAAAGAACCAUUGGUAAAUGCUAUAGCAAAACCAUUAAGCAACCAGUCACAAAGCAGAACAUUACCAAAGGGAGCCAAUGGCCGGUUUGUUACUAUGAAACCUCGUACUCCUACAGUGGCGGCUCGAUUUGGUGAUAGUUUACAACAACUAUUGGAAAACAUGUCCAAGUGCAACCCUUGGUUCGUCAGAUGCAUUAAGCCCAAUAAUGAUAAGACUCCAAUGAAAUUUGAUAUGCCUGUGGUUUUGGAGCAGCUUCGGUACGCUGGGAUGUUAGAUACGAUUAAGAUCAGGCAGUCCGGUUAUCCUAUCAGGAUGAAGUUUCAUCACUUCGUGGAAAGAUACAGGUACCUGUUGACGAGAAUACCAAGAGGGGCGCCUUAUAGGGAUUUGUGUAGGGCCAUUUUGGAGCAGAUGCCCUACAGUGGUACCGAGGGUCCAGACUAUCAACUGGGUGCCACCAGAGUAUUCCUUCGUGAGAAACUUGAACGAGAACUGGAACGCCAAAGAGGUGAAUCCCUUAAAGGAGCAGCUAUCGUAAUCCAGAAAAAUAUCAGAGGCUUUUUGGCUAGAAAACGCUAUAGGAAACUUAGAAGAAGUGCUGUUACUUUACAGAAACACUGGCGUGGAUACAAGCAGAGAAGAGAUUACUAUAAAAUUAAACAAGGUAUUAUUAAGGCUCAAGCUCUAUAUAGAGGGCGUAGAGAGCGUAAACUCUACGGUAGACGCAAGGCCGAAUUCAAGCGCCGAGUCGAAGCUGAGAAGAUCGCUCAGGAACGAGCUAAGCAACGUGCAGCUAGAGAAGCUCAGCUGCAGGCGCAAGCGCAAAAAGCCAACGCGAGUGCUAAGGCUGCUGCUAAGAAUAUUGAUAAUAAAACAGCUGUUAACCAUUUGGAAAUACCUGCAGAGUUAGCCUUUAUAUUUUCUAAGUUAGAUGGCUACACUCCAAUCCACACCGAACGCAACCUAGUAAAAGUCUUAGGUGGAGUGACAGGCAACCCUCCUCCUCUCAACCUCCCCCACGACCUUAACCAGUUCGAAUUUUCCAAAUUCUCUUCGGUUUACUUUAAGGACGCCGAUCUACACUAUAAAAAGGACCCAAUUACCACUCCUUUCCUCUCCAAGGCCGCAGCUAGAGACCAAGACUUCCAAGAUGCUGUAGCUCUAUUCAAACUAAUACUGAGAUGGAGUAAUGACUCUCAAUUAGCAGGACCUAGAGAAAGAGCUUUGGCUGACUAUAUGGUGUAUAAAGGAUUGAAUUCUAGGGGAUUGAGAGACGAGCUUUUAGUGCAGCUUUGCAACCAGACCUACAAAAAUGAUAAUUCUGAUAGAGUAUGGCAGCUGAUGGCUCAUUGUUUAAGUAGUUUCCAGCCGAGUCCACCAUUAAGCAAAUACCUUUUGAAAUUUAUCACCGACCACGCUCCAGCUUCAAUAAGAGAAACUCUUCAGCGAAAGCUAACGAGGAGUCUUCAGAAAGCACCACAUUCUAGAAAUAUGCCCCCCAGUUUACUGGAGUGGAAAAGUAUCCGCCAAAAGGCAAAUUGCGCUUUACCGCUCACUCUUCCAGAUGACACAGUGGCUAGCGUUAAUGCUGAUUCUUGGACUACAUGUGAGGAGGCUGCCGCUCUGGCUAUGCAAUCUCAAGAUAUCUCUCCAGAUGGAUGGACAGUAAUUAUGGAUGAUGCUGGUGUAGUCUAUGAAGGAAAUGGUCUAGACUACGUGUUUGAUUUGGUAUCGGAACUAGAGUUGUGUCCAGCUUUUCCCAUUCAAAAGUCUACCUUAUUAAGAACUGGUACUAGAAGAAAUUUUCCGGUGGAGGUGGACCAUCAUGUCCCAAGUCCAACGAGACCCCAGGUUCCACCACCUGAACCUCCAAUAAAUAUCACCAGAAAAGUAUCUAGAGAACCGCCAAGAGAGAUAGUGAGAUCUUCGCCACCAGCUCCAAUUAUGAUGAACGCAUCAAAACAAAGCUCCAGAAGGUCUUCUAGAGACGUACAAAAUGUUGAAACAAGAUAUAGUCCUAGCAAUAGAGGCUCACCCGUGGUAAAUACCACUGAAUCUCCUAUUAGAAAAGCAUCACAUGAAGCACUCUCCAGAUCGUCUGCAUUAAAUGACAGAUAUUUUGACCAAGAAAAAACCACACGAUCGAGAAGCUUAGACAAUCUCUUGGGCGAGCCAGAACCCAAUCCUUUGGCAGAACUGGGCCUCUCUCAAACUUCAAAGCUAAAUGAAAGAUACCACUCCGUAGAACAGUUGGCUCCCAUUAAGCCGGUAGUAAUGAAUCACCAAAACUACAUGGGUAAACAAGAUCUCGACUUCGAAUAUCCCGAUAUUGCAAGCGUUAGUACCUCGCAUAGAGACCGCGGAGGCCCUAGGUACAUUAAAUCACAAUAUGCUGGUAAGAAAGCCCCUCCGGGAAGCCAUUCUAGCAGGGCUUACAUAGAAAAGUCUGAGUUUGGAGUUAGAAGUUCAGCUAUGUCAGACACAAGUGAGGCUCCAAGUUUAGCGUCACAUGUGCGAAGAGUGAGGGUACCCUCACAGGCUAGUGAUGUUGAUCAGUUUCUUGAUGAAUUGUUUAGUCCAGUUUUGGAUGGAAAUUUGGAUGAAUUAUCUGAUGCAAGAUCUCUGGCAGCUAGUAUUAAAGGAGGCGACGAAUCUCAAAUGGAUGAAUUUGUUGACCGUCUGUUUAGUCCCAUAUUAGAUGAAGAUCUAGAUGAUCUAUCGAGUUCUGACCAUUUAGUUGGAAGAAUUAAAGGAGGCAAUAGCCAUCUAGAAACUCCUAUGGAUUAUGAUGAAAUAGAAGGUUUAGAUGAAUUUUUAGAUGAAGUGCUUGGGAACACUGUAGAUCCUGAUAUUGACUUACUAUCAGAUGCUACCCAAAUGGUGUUAAGAAUAAAAGGAGGUGGAAAUAGAGAUAGGUCCAGCAGCCAGAUGAGUGAGGGUUCCUCAAUGUUAGACCAAGAAGUAGAGAACAUUACAACACCACAACCGCAAGGCUCCGGAAGUAACACCAACGUCGACGACUACAUUAGCGAUCUUUUUCGACCAAUAUUCAUCAACGACAGCAUUAAAACCUUAGCAGAAAAACACAAUCUCGUAGACUCUAUCAAAGGAGGUGGUUCUACCCAAAGUGGCGCCUCUUCAUCGAACUACAACUUUCCAAACAUGUCUUCUCCACUAGUGACGCCAGCUCCUCUGAUGAUGCCCCUUCUAAGUCCUACCCAAGAGGGUUUUGUUCCAAUGUUUAAUAUGCCUGCAGUGGGAAUGAACGGGAUGCCACAGAAUAACACCGAUUUGGCGGCAUACCAGCAGAACUUACAGAGGGCGUUUUUACAAAGUGCCAUGGCCCAAAAUAUUCAGAUUCAGCAGCAGUUGCUUGCACAGAAUCAGGCGUUACAGCAACUUUUGACUCAGAAUGUCACAACCGGCGAUCUGAAUGUAAAGGUUACUGAGACCAUUCAAACAACAGUCAAGGCCCAAGUACAUGCAACACCUCAAACUGAUACCAAGAGAUCCAGCUUCAGGGGAAGCAACAAUGCUAUCACCAGAAAAUCUAGUUCUCCUAGUGUUGGAUCUUCUGACUACAAAUCAAGAAAAACCAGCUCCGACUCUAACCAGAGCAUUCACAAUAGAAGUGGCAUUCCAGCUCCACCUCCAAUGCCUCCGCCUAUAGACGAAUGCGAUCCAAAUGAAACUAGACCAUUUAUGGAUCCAUAUGGAAGAGCAAAAACAGUUCGAAUUGGCAAAUGGCGUUGGCCUCCUCCUAAAGGUGACAUGAGCCACGGGCAGAUAGGAGAAGACUUCAUGCAGUUUAAGAUGCGACAGAAAGAGAGAAAAGUCACUCCAAAUAAAGAUCAAAAUAUUAGUAAUGGAAAUGGAUCGGUAAAGACUGAUACCUCACUGGAAUGGGACGAAAUCGAUUUCGAGCCAAUUGUUAAAGAAAGUGAUAAAUUAACAAGAACCAAUUCUAAAAAAGCUUUUGAGAUUGGGGCAUCUCGGCCCUCACCAGGGAGCAUAGGAAAAAUCAAACUAAGCUCAGAAAUGAAGUUGAGGCUGGAAAGGGUUACAGCUAAUCAUUCGGUAAGAUCUACGAGUAGCAGUAAAGUUGAUAAACCCUCAAGGUCUGUUAGCAAAUUGGAAGAUACACGAAAAUUAAUGCUGGAACAACAGCUAGCCGGCAGAUGGGGUGAUGAUAGUGCUAGUGGAAAGUCUAGUCCUGAUACGCCACCACAUAUAUCCCAUAAUGGUAAUAAAUCGCCAACGCAGCAGAGCUGGGCCAGUAGCAAUUGGAAACCUGGACCUCCGCCUCCACCUAUAGGACCAAACUCUUUACCCCCAGCUCCGCCUGGGCCCGCACCUCCUCCUCCAGUUGUAAGACCGAAUCAACCUCCUCCACCAGUAGAACCUAUAAGGGACAGUUUUAAAACACAUCGGGAUAUGAUAACUCAAAAGCAAGACCUUAGAGAGCAGUCGUCUUUUAUGACCCAACGACAAGAUAGAGACGCAUUUGGAGUCCAUCAAAAUAGAGUAAUGCAACAAAACAACUCUAAAAGGAAUUCUUUUAGUGCCAAUUGGGAGGUGCAUAGUAGUAUGACUGAAACCCAUAAUGACGGAACUAGCUGGGCACAAGAGGAGAGUGAUAGGCAUGACGGGAGAAUAUCUAGAGACAGCUGGGAGCUUGCAGAAUCGACAACUAUUACCUCUAUCGAGCCAAGGGAUGUUGGAGGAAGAUGGGAUAGAGAGGAAAGAAAAUUUGAGAAGUCUCGUGGAGCAAUGAAGGAAUCGUCAAGUGAAAGGGCCACUUUUAGAACUCACCAGAUGAACAAAAGUGCUUUAGAAAGAGAGAAGAAACAUUCUAUAGCAUCCACUUCCGUGACAGAUAAGACGGAUCGUCAUGAAGUUCAAGAAUGGCCAGAAUUUAUGCGACCAAUUAAAACUCCGCCAUCAAAAUCACCUGUCAAUGUCCCAUUCAUGGCGGACGAUAAUGAGGAGCCAAGAUCUCCUUCAACCCCCAACAGAGUUCUCCCAUUGAGUGCCUCUGCUUAUGUUACUUACAACAGGGUUUCUUGGUUACUUCGUGUGAGAAAAGAAUAUUUUUCUCCUUCAGAACCUCUAGGUCCUCUCAACGCCCUUCAUCUGAUAUUCUGUCAAAUAGUAGCGGACGUUUACGGGUUGACACCUUGCAUACGAUUAAAUCCGAACGAGAAACGUGCUGGGGUUAAUAUGUUGUCAGGAUAUGGAGUCACAGCUGAGAACUACAAUACUUCUCAUAGGGCUAAUAUUAAGAGGAACGCCAUUGAAUUGGCAAGGACGUGGCCGCUGUAUUUCGCAAGGUUAUUUCCAGUAUCUGGCGCAGCACAGCUUUCUGACGUUCAACUAGUAGCAGUUUCACACUGGGGAGUACAUCUAGUAAAAAGGGAACAAACGUACCUUCAAGUAAUCAAGUCUUUUCCAUUGAACGAAAUUAGUUCUUGUACGGCUCCUAGACCGACUACCGUGAGUUUGGAUGGACCUCAGGGUAGAAUCAGUCUACACACACCCAGAGCGCAACAACUUUCUGAGAUGGUCAGUAGGUUUUGUGCAGAAGCAAAGAAGAUUCAGGCCAAAUCUCAACAGAGAGCGAGAUCACCAGCAAUGGAACGACUGGAUAUCAUAUCAAACGAUAUGAGUCCGAAAUCCAGAAGCGAAACGUCGCCAACUCACAUAAUUUCCCGAGAUGACUAUAGAGAUGGCACCAGGUCACCUAGCAGUCCUUUACCUUCGACAGGAAAAUAUUCUUUAAUGCAAUUUGCCAUGCAGAAUUUCAGACAGUUAGCAGACUUAGACCAUCAAAGAAUGGACCAAACGCACCAAAAACCUUCCAAAAACAAGUCGAAAGAUUGGACGUGGAAGCAACAGACUGACGUCAUUAAGUGGCAAGGCACAUCAAUUGAUGGUCCGCUAUUACGGUUAGAGGAUCCCGAACUCACUCCAUUGGCUAUAGAAUGUUUUGAUUGCAUUUUACGGUACUGCGGAGAUCAACCCUUAACGCCGGAAAUGUCAGAAGUCAAGUGUGUUUACACUGUUCUUAUGAUCAAAUAUCUUUCGCAGCACUGUCACAAGUAUGCGCAACUCCGGGACGAGGUCUACUGUCAACUUAUGAAGCAAACCACCAGCAAUAAGUCUGAGUCACCUGAGUCCAGCCAAAGAGCAUGGAGGUUGAUGUCCAUAGUGGCGGCAUACUUUGCGUGUUCAGACAACCUUCUGCCGUAUCUUAUGGAGCACCUGUCAAGCGCGGCCAAUGACAGACGAAGAAUCUGUCACGGAACAGCAGCCGUCUGUGUCACCAACCUCAGAAAAACUCAGAGGUGUGGAGGAAGAAAGAAUGUGCCCAGUGUGGAGGAAGUCACAGCCGUAAGCGCAGGUCGUAGUGCCCGCAGACAAAUUUACCGACUACCAGGAGGUGCUGAACGUGUAGUAAACACCAGAUGCAGCACGGUGGUGGCAGACGUUAUACAAGAGCUCUGCGGACUUAUUGGGAUUAACGCUGAGCAAGAACAGCAAGAGUUCAGUCUGUAUUGCAUUGUACAGGGAGAUGCAUUUACUAUGCCUUUAGCAGCUGACGAGUAUAUCCUAGAUGUCACCACUGAGCUACAUAAAGCUGCACAACCAUUUUAUCUAAUAUUUUGUAGAUCUGUUUGGUAUCAUCCGCUCAAACACGAUGCUAGUCCCCUUUACACCGAAGUGUUAUUUAACCAAGUUGCUCCAGACUACUUAGAAGGGUUGCUUCUACGAUUAAGCAAUCCUAAUCUACCUCCAAGUGUUGUCAGGGACAUGGCCUUGGUGGCUUCGCUGCUACAUAGGGCUGCUGAUUUAGGACACGCGCCAAGUUUAAAAGAAGUUAAAUUUUUGUUACCAAAACCGGUGUUGGGUCUGAGGGAACCCAGACCUCCUCAGUGGCUGGCUUUGGUUCAGACGAGCUGGGGUCAAGCUGCUGGCUUAUCUGUAUCUAGGGCGAAACAUAGGGUGUUGCAAGUGUUGAGCAGUUGGCCUUUAUUCGGUAGCUCAUUCUUUGCUGUGAAGCGCGUCAUAGGUGAACCAGAACACUGGCAAGAACAUAUAUUGGCACUGAACCGAGGUGGUGUUCACUUUCUGGAUAUGAACACUCACGAGACUCUUCAGCACUGGCCGUUUGCCGAAGUGAUCAGCACAAGGAAAGUAAGAUCUGAAGACGGAGCAUUAUUCUUAGAUAUGAAAUGUGGCAACUUGUUGCAACAACGGGUGACGAGGUUGCAAACUGAGCAAGCCCAUGAGAUUUCCAGAUUGGUGCGUCAGUAUAUCAAUUUGGAACAGGAGUAUAGUAGCCGAAAUAAAUAAAAUUUGAAUUUGAUUUGAUAUCUUUAUUAAUUUUCUUUGUAAAAAGUACAGUAGUUAUUUAAAAAAUUUCUAUUCUUUCUGUAUUUACGUCCAUUUUAUUUAAGAAUUCAGUUUUAAAGUGAAACCAAUUUGUAAAGGUCUAUUAUAUAUCCCAAUAUACAUUCUAAUUAUGAA